ACUAAACCUGACACCUGGGGACAGAACUACAGUUCCCACCACACCUCGAGGCAGGAGGAAGAAGGGGCACGGAGGGCCAAAAGGAAAAGCAGGAGAAAGAGCAGACACCCGCUGGCAGACGUGAGCAACAGGUGGCAAGAGCCAUGCAAUUCUCCAGCUCAGCCAGGGCAGCGGAUGAGAACUUUGACUAUUUGUUCAAGAUUAUCCUCAUUGGGGAUUCCAACGUGGGCAAGACGUGUGUUGUGCAGCAUUUCAAGUCCGGGGUCUACACGGAGGCACAGCAGAACACGAUCGGGGUGGACUUCACUGUGCGUGCCCUGGAGAUUGAUGGCAAGAAAGUGAAGAUGCAGGUGUGGGACACCGCCGGCCAAGAACGUUUCCGGACCAUCACCCAGAGCUACUACCGCAGCGCCCAUGCGGCCAUAAUCGCCUACGACCUCACCCGGCGGUCCACGUUCGAGUCUGUUCCUCACUGGAUUCACGAGAUAGAGAAAUACGGAGCAGCGAACUUGGUCAUCAUGCUGAUUGGGAACAAGUGUGACCUGUGGGAAAAACGCCACGUUCUCUUUGAGGAUGCCUGCAUCCUGGCUGAGAAAUACGGCCUCCUGGCUGUUCUGGAGACAUCUGCCAAGGAGUCCAAGAACAUCGACGAGGUCUUCGUGCUGAUGGCCAGGGAGCUGAUGGCCCGCCACAGCCUGCCCUUGUACGGGGAGGGCGCCCCGGGCAGCCUCCCGCUGGAGUCCACUCCGGUCCUCAUGACCCCAGCUCCGAGGGAGAAGAAUCAGUGCACCUGCUGAGAAGGUUCCCCAGGCAGGUCGCACCCAGCAGAGGCCACCUCUGAAACCAAGGGCAGCUGCUGGCCUCGAGUCUGCUGAGUAACCGGACUUGCCCCUGUUUCUACUCCUUCCUGCCUGGGGUGGGGGUCGGGGGGGGCGCCCUUUUGCCUCAGUUCACACCAGAGGAGGGGACACUGAUUCUGACAACAGAGGACACCCCUGUUUCUCUUGACUUUUCCUAGGACUUGAGGCCCAGGGGUGGCAG